CCGCACCGUGAAGAUCUCCAACGACUUCGGGGGCGCGCCCUGCGGGAACCUCGCGGAUGAGAAGAGCGGCCCGGAUCCGGAUGCCAGCCCCGGGACGUGGGGAGGUUGCACCAACUUCUGUAUGGACUGCCAGCUCUCGGAGUGGACGGAGUGGUCCGACUGCACGAAGACCUGCGCCUCCGGCAGCUCCUCUCGCGAAAGGGAAGAG